CUAUAUUAAACAACCGAAAACAUCGACACUUGGAUGUUAGAAAUUGUUAAGGGGACAUAAUCGCAGGCUCGUAUUUAAGAAGACUGCAAUGAAUCUCAAAGUGCACCAGUUGUUGCUCUCUGUGGUUUUUGUGUUGGCCGUGCGUUUUGCCACAUCUUACGAGAUUCCAGAUAUUAUACCCAAGUCUGGCGUCUAUGAUGAGGAUUGGAUUAAAAACAUGUUGUAUCAGCUAGAGCAGUCGAAGAAAACUAAACAUUUACAAAAGGCAACGAGAAAAGUCUCUAACGGAAUUCAGCUAGAAAACUGCGGGGGUGCGAUGGCCCCCAUCGUCGUGGACGAGCUGACUGUGAGCCCGUACCCGAUCCCGUACAAGGGCGAGGUCACGGUGACCGUUAAGGCGACCUUGAAGCAGGAUCUCACUAACAACAUUCGGAUUGAGAUGGUGACCGAAAAACGUCAAUUCGGCACGUGGAUGAAAAUCGAUUGCAAGGGUUACCUGGGCUCAUGCACCUUUGACGACGUGUGCCCGAUGUUGAGCAAGUUGGCCACCUGCCCAGCCGAGCUGCAGGACCAGGCUGGGUGCAAAUGUCCGUUUGCAAAGGGAGUAUAUGAAGUCAACCGCAGCAAAGUGAAGAUGAACCUGCAGCGCUACGCCAUCGGGAAUUACCGCAGUACAGUGAGGAUCAUCGAGAACGGCAACCAGCUGGCCUGCUUCAAGGUGCUUUUUUGUGUGGGCUCAUCCUAGGGUCAGCACUUAGACUUAGAGUCUAGA